CUCUUUCUGUGUAUAAUAGUGUUUCAGACACCAGUCUCUUCUUCUGUUUGGGCAUCCUGGGCUAUGAGGAUAAAAUGCACGUCAUUAUAAGGAGCUGUGUCCUGUUCUUAUGGAUUCAUGCACUGACAUUCGUGAGAAGUCAAGACUGUACACUUCAGCAGUUUUUGGAAAGCAGCUUUUUUGAUGAAAAUUUUGACACAUCGUCUCUGGAGGCCAGCUACCCUGGAGGGAGACAAGUGAGAGUCAGCUGUAAUGUGGGCUUCAGUGGCUUUUUCAAACUGAUCUGUGUGGAAGGAAAAUGGCAAAAGAGAGGCACCAAAUGUGAACCGAGAUCAUGUGGUCACCCAGGGGAUGCACAGUUUGCAGAUUUUCAUCUGGAAAAGGGUGACGAUUUUGUGUUUGGAUCACAAGUUGUCUACACCUGUCAAAAAGGUUAUCAGAUGGUCAGUCGGAGUAACUCUCGGCGCUGCAUGGCUGAAGGCUGGGAUGGUGUGAUUCCUGUCUGUGAAGCCCAGCGUUGCCCUGUGAUUCAUGUGAACAAUACUGUUCAGGUGAUAGGAGACCCAGAGGAAGCGACCUUCGGCAAUGUGCUCCGAUUCAGCUGCAAGUCCAACAAAGAUGUUCUGGUAGGGGAGACGGAGAUCUACUGUGAUGAAAAUGGAGACUGGAGUGCCCAGGCUCCAACCUGUCAAGAGAUCAAAUGUUCAGUAUCAGAGAUUCAACAUGGUAGAGUUACUGGAGACAUCCGGGACUAUAAAGAAGAUGAAAUCCUUCAUUAUGAAUGCAAUAGGAAGUACAAUAAGCAGACUGACAGACCGUCUAAGUGUGUAAAGAUAGGAACUUCAGCAGAGUUCAGUCCUGCACCUGUGUGUGAGCCAACAAAAUGUACACUGUCACUGAGCCGUAUCACAGGAACCACAUACGACACUACCAAAAACAGAUUUUCACCUGACGAGACAGUUAGAGUCAGGUGUAGUGAUGCAUACUGGAUUUCUACACCUCAGACCACUUCAAUAGUAUCUACAUGCACUGAGAGUGGAGAAUGGGAUAUCCUGCCUGUGUGCCAAGAAGUGAGAUGCAGGGCUGAAGGGGAACCACUUGUGUAUAGUUGGAGCAUUUAUUGGAGACAAGUCAUAAGACUGGGUGACACUGUACGUUACCAGUGUUACAGAGGAUACAGGCCAACAUCUAUCGAGGCCAGAUGCACCAGAGACGGAUGGUCUCCAAAUCCCCUUUGCAAAGCUCUUACAUGCAACAGAUUUGAGGUCCGACAUGCAGAUAUUGUGGAAAACAACAAGCAGAUAUAUGAAUAUGGUGACAAGGUCAGGUAUUCAUGCCAGGAGGGCUAUGAUGGAGUAUUUACUCUGACCUGUCAGGAACAUAACCGUUGGUCUGGGAAUCCAGUAUGCACAGAGAAAGGUUGCACAAGAAUUGACAUCCGUCAUGCAUAUAUUAGCUACAAUAACAGAAGAAACUAUGACCAUAAUGACCAGGUGGGGUAUACGUGUGAGACUGAUCGGGACAGAUCUUUCCGUGUAACCUGUAAUAAAGGUAACUGGACUGGGAUUCAGAACUGUCAAGCUUGUGGAAAAGCCAUAAUUCCAAAUGGAUUUUUCGUUGCUCAAGAUGCUGACAAGCUGUACUACACCUGCAAUGAAGGUUUUAAGCUUCCCUUCAAAGGCUGGUGGGGUGAAGCGAAAUGUGUCAACAGAGAGUGGACUGGAAUUGAAGACUGCAUUGAGAACAGUCGGUGCGAUGAUUCUCUGGAGAUUCCUAAUGCUGAAGUCUCAGUUACAAACCUUCGUAAUAAACAAGUAGCGUUGGUUCGAUGUAACGAUGGAUACAAUGCUCAGUUACAAGAUGUAAGGUUAUCUUGUGCAGAGGGAAACUGGAAUUUCCAAGGAUUGGUACCUGAAGCCAUCUGUCAGCCUACCUCCAGACCUUGCCCACCCCCACCAAAAGUUGAGAAUGCAGUUAUUCUGACUCCUUAUCAAAAGGAAUACUUGUCUGAUUCAGAGGUAACUUACAGCUGCCGUAAUACGUACCAGAUGAAUGGAGAUGGCAGAAUUCGAUGCAACGAUGGGCAAUGGGAGCAGAAGCUCAUGUCAUGUAUAUCUGACAUCGAGGAGUAGUGAGGGUGAACUUCUUCAAGGUCCAACUCACGACUCAGUCACCAAACUGUAUGUUCUUCUAUUUUCCUCUUGCAUUGGUUUUGGCUGAAUACAGAAAGAAAACAGCUAAAUGCAUCAUUUUUGCUUUGACUAAUAUCUUGUGAUUGUAAAUAUGAACAUUGCAAACAUUGUUUUGACACAAACGUCUUUCUGUGUUUAUGCAGUCAUCUAAAGUGAAAUGCUUUGACAUAUUGAAUAAAAAAUUAUUCCAGAUUA